GUUGGGCUCGUGUUGGAGUUGGUGGGAGGUAGCUAUUUUAUUUUGUAGCUCCACGGCAUCUUGCCUUGGUGUAACCAUAUGUCCUUUUCCCAGCUUUCCCCCGGUUUUGCACCGUUUCUAUAUACCAUGGUUUAUUAAAUGAAGGACCAUUGACCCACCAUUCCCACCAUCAACCCUCUUCUAUCUCUUCUCGGCAUCCUUUAUUCCACUUCCCCAAUCCCAUCACUCCACUCCUCCCUCUCCUCUAUUAAAGCCAGCUCUCCCUUUUUUUUCCCUCUCCACAAACGCCUAUCAAACUUGUAUCCCAAUCAAUCAACAUGGGUGGCCACUCUGUUCUCUUGCUCUGUUAUGCUUCUCUCCUCCUAUCCUCUGUUACUGCUUGUGAUAGAUGUGUGCAUCAGUCCAAGGCUGCCUAUUUCUCCUCCUCCUCAGCUCUUUCAGCUGGGGCUUGUGGGUAUGGACCCAUGGCACUGGACUUCAAUGGAGGCUAUCUUGCUGCUGCUAGCUCUGCUCUCUAUAGAGGAGGGAUUGGUUGUGGAGGCUGUUUCCAGAUUAGAUGCAGGAGUACCAAGGUUUGUAGCAGCAGAGGAGUUGAAGUAAUGGUGACAGACUUCAACAGGAGCAAUCGCACGGAUUUCCUGCUCUCCACCGGGGCUUUCAUGGCCAUGGCCAAGGAGGGGAUGGGCCAGGAAUUGAAGCAGCUUGGAAUGGUCGACGUGGAGUACAAGAGGAUUCCCUGCAAGCAUAAGAACAAGAAUCUCGCCAUCAGAGUUGAAGAGCAUAGCCAGUGGCCAAACCAUCUGGCAAUCAAAUUUUUGUUCCAAGGUGGCCAGACCGACAUCGUAGCCGUCGAUGUGGCUCAGGUUGGGUCGAGUCAUUGGAGGUAUAUGAGCCGGGAUUAUGGGGCGGUCUGGAGCAUGAACCGGGUUCCGACCGGGCCGCUGCAGAUCCGGAUGGUGGUGACGGGCGGCUACGAUGGGAAGUGGGUGUGGACUCAGGAGGAGGUCCUUCCGGUCGAGUGGAAAACCGGGUCGGUCUACGACUCGGGGGUUCAGAUCACUGAUAUCGCCCAAGAGAGCUGUUCUGACUGUGAUACACGGGAUUGGAAGUGAGACAAAUACUUCUCUUUCUUCCCUUGGAGACUAACUUUUUUUCUCUCUUUUUUCUUUUUUUUUGAUUAUAAUCCCUUUCUUUUGUACAUUGUUAAUUGAGAGAUGAUGUAACGGUUUAAAAUAAGAAGGGGAAAUGACUUAAGAAAAGUUCAGCUAAGUUCAACUUCUUUUUUUUUUUCGUUUUUUUUCGUUUUUUGUUGUGCGUGUGCGUUGGAUUUUGCAUGAUCCUCUUAAUCUAGUUGCUGCAUAUGUCUCUCUCUCUCUACGUACGGCCAGCUGAAACAUUAGACCGGGUAAACUCUUGGAAUCGGACGGCACGGCGCUGGAUUUUGACGGUAACGUCUUUUUCUUUGGCUCCAAUUGAUGGAUUGCAAUGAGGUGCGACACAAGGGAUGUUCAUUUGUGUGUAUAUAUUUUUCAAACGUAUCCCAUCAUAUGCGUCCAAUGAAGAUGUUUGUUUAUUUGGAUA